AUGGCUGAACUUGCUGUUCCACUAGCAAUGCUGCUAGUUAAUAACCUCAUCGAAAAACUCAACCGUCCAAGUCCAAGCAAGGCCAAGGAAGAUGUUGAAAGAGCCCAGAAAAUGUUGAGGAGGAUGAAAGCCUAUCUUGCAGAACACCCAUCAGACCAGAUUGAUGAAGGCCCACAAGUGAUUCGAAUUCGUGCAAAAGAGAUCCAAGAUACAGUUUACGAUAUUGAGGAUGCUCUUGGAAAGUUUGUGGCUGAGAUUCCACAUCACUUCCACAGCAAUAGAUUCUCUCGGAUGACGCACGACGUUAAACAUUUUCCCUCUGUAUUGAAAGCAAGCAUGAAGUUAUCAUACAAGCUCAAAAAGAUUGAAAGAAGAAGCACUUUUGAUUCACUACCAGCACUAGAUUCACUUCUUGACCCACCAAUUCCCAACACAAGACCUGAAGAAACUUAUAAUAAUUUGGUUUAUCACCAAGUCAUUGAAGAAGAGGACACUGUGGGCUUCGAGGAGCCUAAAGAAAUACUCAUCCAACAGUUGGUGAAAGGAGAUAAUCCAAGUCCUCUGAAGAUUUCCAUCGUGGGUCCUGGAGGCUCUGGCAAAACCACUCUUGUAAACAUUGUUUAUGGGAGCAGAAGGGUGCAAGGAUUCUUUGAUUGUCAUGCUUUUGUUGAUGUUCCGCGCACCUCUGAUUGCCGAAAGCUCUUGCUAAGCAUGUUGAGCAAAUUUGAGGACCGAAUGCAAGAACCAGUUGGACAUCGUCAUCAUUAUGAAGAAAUAGAUCCGCGGGACAAAUUGAGAAAACUUCUGGACCAAAAGAGGUAUGUGGUCGUUUUAGAUAAUGUUUGGAGCGACCAUGAUUUGGGAUGCAUUGUAACUGCUCUGCCAAAAGGUUUGCCUGGGAGUAAAAUAAUCAUAACUGCUCGAGACUCUAAUUUAGCUUCUCUGCAUGCAAAUUCUGCCGAGUAUAUUCAUGAUUUGAGUAGAGUGUUAUCAUGGAAAGAUGUCACCAAGCUGUUCUGCAAGAAGGCAUUUCAAGGAAAUAAAGGCGAAUGUCCAGAGGAGCUUCAAGUUUGCGCAGAAAAAAUCCUCAAGAGGUGUGAAUACUUGCCCCUUGCAGUUUCAGCUGUGGCUACUUUGCUUUCCAAGAAGCCACAAACUCUGUUCGAGUGGGAGAAGUUCCAUAAUAGCCUUGUUUACAAUCUUCCGAUUAUUGAACAAGUUUGGGAUCCAAGUUACAGGGACCUUCCAAUCGAUGUACAAAGUUGUUUCUUGUAUUUCAGCAUGUUUCCUGAAGACUACUCCAUCAAGUGUGAGAGGCUUAUUCGCUUGUGGGUAGCUGAAGGAUUUGUGACCCCGAGAAGAGGAAAAACAAUGGAGGAGGUUGCAGAUGGUUGUCUGAAUGAACUGAUUGGAAGAAAUUUGGUUGACGUGAAUUCAACGGAGAUUGAUGGGAAAGUAAGGACUUGUCGAGUUACGAGCCUUGUUCGCGAGUUCGUCAUUUCAAAAGCAGAGAAUUUCGUUAAUGUCGUGGAAUCAAACAGCACUAGUACUAGUCAUUCAGGUCAGAAAAUUCGACGCCUUUCUGCUCAUUAUGCUCCUAUCAAUAAUUCGUCAAGAGGGUGUAGAGACUUGAAUCGAACAAGCACCUUACUAGUGUUUGGCUCUAGCCAGCCGACAGUGCUUUCCUCUCAACACGACGAGCUUGGAAAUGUACUUAAACGCCUUAAAUAUUUAAGGGUUUUAGAUUUUGAAGGUGUUCCUUUGAAGGACUUUCCCAAAUCUAUUCUUGGCCUCUCUCUCUUAAAGUACAUAAGUAUGAGGAAAACCAAAAUCAAAUCAGUUCCAAGUUCUAUAAAGAAGCUUUCACAGUUAGAAACGUUGGAUCUUAAGCGAACCCAGGUGAUCGAAUUACCAAAAGAAAUCUAUGAGCUCCACAAUAUGCGCCAUCUUUUGGUCAACCGCGGCUGUGAUCAAGAUGAUGAUGGACCUGCCCAAGGAGUGGAUGUGGUUUCCUCAGGCAAUAUCGGAGAUUUACCCAAAUUGCAGAAGCUGUCACUAAUUAAGGUGGGAAACAACAGAACAAUCCUAAAAAGCUUAGCAGAGUUAACUGGUCUUAGAAAAUUGGGGCUGACAGAUGUCAAAGAAGAACAUGGAAAGGAGCUGUGCUGCGCCGUUGAGAAAAUGGUGAGCCUUUCAACACUUGAAGUCAGGUCAACAAAAGAGGAGGAGAAUCUUGAUUUGGAUCAUAUCGGAUCCCUUCCUCUCUCUUUGCAACGCAUCUGUUUGAAAGGGCGCCUCGAACGUACGCCGCAGUGGAUUUCCCAACUUUACAGUGUUGUGAAGAUAAGCUUGAAGGAAUCAAAGCUGGAUGCUAAAGCCAACCGACUUUAUGCCCUUCAAGCUUUGCCUAAUCUGAUGGAGCUCAAUUUAGUUGACUAUUAUACCGGGGAGAAGUUGGAAUUCCAAGUGGAAACGUUCAAGAAGCUAAAGAUAUUACGCAUCCAACAACUUGAUCAACUAAAUUUGAUGAUAGUCGAGAAUGGGGCAAUGCCUGUGCUUAAGAAGCUAACCAUGUCCAAAUGUAAGAAUCUGACGUUACUUCCAGUUGGCAUAGAGGUUCUUACGAAACUUGAGGAACUCUGUGUCCAUGACAUGCAUACUGAAUUCAUUGCUCAGCUCCGAAGGGAUACUGAACCAUUUCAAGCGGUUCAGCAUAUUCCAGUCAUCCGCUCUUCCACUGGAAUAUUCCCAAGUCUUUCUGGUAUGUAG